CAACGUUUUGAUUGGUUGAAAAAUUAUUCACUGACCUUGAGUGAUAAUAUGCACCAAUCCUAUUGUUUCUUUAUUAAUAUAAUUAAUCAUACAAUCUGUAUAUAAAUAAAUAUUAUUGAUCAAAUCAAUAAUAAUAUUACUUUACACUUUACAAUUAUGCGCCUAUUUCUUAUUUUAUAUCUAAGCUUAAUUAUAAAUUUUAUAAAUUGUAAUAAUGAAGAAGAUGAAUCAGAUUUAUCGAUUAUUACUGAAGAAUUAAUGAAUGCUGGUUUUGAUUAUGCUAAUCUAUUACAUAAAUGGUUUGAAAAAAAUAUUGGAAAAAAUGAAAUGAAAAUAAUUAAACAAAAUUUAGCAAAAUUGGGGAAAUUAGCAUUCAAUUUUAUUGAUUCAACUAUACAAAACUUAAUUAAAGAUGAUGAUGAUGAUAAUGAUAAUGAGGAUCAUGAUCAUGAUCAUGAGUAUAAUGAUUCACAAUUAAAACAUAAUGAAUUAUAAAAUCAAUAAUUUUGUACUGUAUAUAUAUAUACAUAUACGUUAUUUUGUAAAAUAGAUUAAUGUUUCUUUGAUUGAAUUAAAAAUAAACUCCAUGGAUAAAAA